GGUGUACGACGAACUUUGUCCAUUUGACAAACCAUAUCCAACACCAAUUGGCCGAGGCUGGUCGGGAUGCCAAUCCCAUCAGCGCCAUGUUCGAUUCACUCGCACAUCCACUGCUUGACACCCAUCGAGGCGAGUUUCCCUCGUUUCUGAAAUGGCGCCAUCCUGAAAGUCCCCCCGUUGUCAAGAGUCCUUCUCCUGUCAUGGAGGGACUUGAUAGUCCGCCACCAACACCAGUCCUGAAGCACACGGUGACAAUCCAUGAAAGUUGCCAUACAGGUCGUGUGAUAGCCCACAGGAGCACAGCGAGGCCUCAUGUUGUCCUGGGGCGGGGAGAUGUUGGAGGUAUCUGGGCAGAUAUGGACCAUGACCAUAAUCAGACACUUAGUUACUACGAACACAUGGAACUGCCGUUGUAUCCGUUCAGCAAGUUUGUUCACGACUACCCUGAACACAGCGGAGGCGCUGAGAACCUUGAGCGACCUCUCCGAUCCACGGUUUCGGCCUAUUACAAGGCCUAUGUCAAACAUAUGGGGAUUCAGUCCAACUUUUCGAACUACACCACCGUCACUGCGGUAUCUCUCUUAGAAUCGUCUGCCGACUCGCCUGUAUCCUCCUCAGUUGUUACCUCUCGACCAUCGAUCCUCUCCUCUACGCUCCCAAUCGUCAUUGUCGGGACUGGUCUUUCUGCCGCAGAUGCCAUCCUUCUCAUCCAAGAGAAACAACCUUGGCGCCAAAUCAUCCAUAUCUACAAACAUUAUUCUGCCUCGGAACCCUCUCCACUCAAACGAUGCCAUCGCGAUGUCUAUCCAGAGUACGCAUCAAUCUGGGUACGGAUGAAGAAAUGUGCGACACUCAAAAACUCGGUUCAGCAGUACUCUACUCGCAAGGAGGGAGGCGGACAGCACACGAAUGUGUUUAGUAGGGAGCCGUGCGAGCAAUGCGAAGCGAUGGCUAUGAAGGAGUACGACGUUGCGAUGGAUCCCCAACAGCAGCAGCAACGGCACGCAACGAUGAGAACGCAAGACUUCACACCAUUGUGCUCCACAUGUUGGUACAAAGGAUUACCUGACGCGUCUGUGAGCAGCUGGGACCCCGUCACGGGCGAGAUUGUCAUCAUUCUAGGCCAUGGCGUCGUCAUCAAGGAGCGUGCUGCUGCAGUAGGCGUAUUUAUUGGCAAGCAGGUGCAUAUGGGAUUCUUGAAGGGAUCACUUGCGCAGGAGAUGCUCUCAGCCGAAGAACAUGGCACGAGUCCUGCAGCUGGUGGUACAGUGGCUCCUGGGGCAAGGAGGAGCAGUAGUGACAGCAGGGGGCGAAGAUCCGUACGACAGCGAUUUGAGAAGGAUUUGCUGAGCGACUUGAUGGUCGAUAUACCGACACCGCCGCGUACACCGCCGCGGUCUCCGGUGCUGGGGCCAAGGGUGGCGACAACGGCUCGGCCAAUAAGCUGGCACAUGCAGGUUUUGCAGGCUGCGGCGCAGGGAUUGGGACUCAGAUGUUCAGCAAGGUCUUCGUCCCCCAAACCGAGCCACGAGGAUACGAUUGUAAAUGAGACACGGCAGGGAAUGAAUGACAGAGAACAGCAUCAAGAAGCGCAGGAAGAAAAGGGUGAAUACGAGGAUAAGGAGGAAAAUGAAGAGGAAGACAAUGAUGAAAGCGAUGAUAGCGGCGAGGUCGAUCCUUCACAGGUAUUGACAUUGCUGCAUCCGCUAGUCUCGGAUAUGUACAACUUCCGCCUCAUCCCAAGGGCCGUCGUGGCUAGUGGAGGAUAUGACCUGUCGACAUCGCAUUCCUUUGCUUCAUCUUCAGCCGUGGGUGCUCCUGUUCCCGCAUUCCUAACAAAGCCCAAGCGUUGCACGCGCCUUCCCUGCUAUCCAAUCCGACAACCCAGUGCAAUGACAGCCACUACCGCGGAUAUCAUUCCCAUUUCGUCCGCAUCGUCUUCUUGCGACUCGGAAGAAUCCGACGAUAUCAAGACUGGCACACAAGUCGAGUGUCUCCUCAUGGCUGGCGACAAGUGUACCUCCACCAAGGGAGACCAUGUAGGAGGCACCAGCAAGUCAUCUGCUUCAGGGACGAUGAAAUCGAUGGCUAUGUCCUGCAUCUCGAUGCCCUGUACCCCGCUGUUGGGGUACAAGAUCAUCUCUCCAGAGCAGGCAGCGCUCCCAUUAUUGACAUUGUGCUCGGCCUCGCUGGAACCGCCGUCGCUGUCGAGCGCUCAGAAUGGAGGCAGUGGUCGCAAUUUAGAAAAAUGUAGCGUGGUAAAGCUCUCUCCGCCGUCUGCUGAUCUUGGGUCGUGCAAGCAGCUAGAAUCACAGGCGUAUGCAACUGCAGAGGAAGAAAAAGAAGAGGAGGAAGAGGUUAGGCCGUUAAUGGACCACUCAAUUUAUGCGGCGGGGGCGAUUACAGGGUCCAAAUUUGUGCGCUAUGUGCUGGGCAAUGGUGUGGCAAUCGUCGCAGAUAUCCUCAAGAGCGAGGUAUAGAACGAAAAGAAAAAAAUUAACAUUAUAAAGACAUAUUCGCA